AUGCCGUUGAUCCUCAAUCCCUUCAAGCGACAGGAAAAUUCGAAUUUUCCCGGAGUUGUGGUGCCUCUCGCCCCGUCUUCGCCUGAGCGCUCGCCCUCUCCCCCGCCACCGUUUUCGGCAGACCCAGAGAAGAAGCCCAACCCGGAUGAGAAAUCGGAUGGCAGAAGCCUGGAUAGAUCAGAAAAUGGUGUUGGUCCUGUGUCCGUGGGCGGUCUCUUGACUAUUGAUGCUCUCAGAGCGGAGGUCGAGUCGGAUAUUUCUACCUCGGGCCAUGACUCUACCUAUGACCGAAAAGCAAAAGUAAUCAACAGGGCGAUUUCGGACAUUGGAAUGGGCCGUUAUCAAUGGGAGCUAUUUGCGCUGUGUGGAUGCGGUUGGUUAGCAGACAACCUAUGGCUACAGGGAAUUGCCCUAACAUUAACCCAACUCUCUGCGGAGUUUGGCGUCUCAGACAAUCGAGUUCGUUUCUCGACUUGUGCCCUGUUCUUGGGUCUCUGUAUCGGUGCCUCAUUUUGGGGUAUUGCGUCUGAUGUGAUCGGACGGCGGCCGGCCUUUAACUUGACUCUUCUUAUCAGUGGAGCGUUUGGCUUGGCUGCCGGAGGUGGGCCUAAUUGGGUUGGAACAUCUGCCCUAUACGCCUGCCUUGGUCUCGGUGUUGGUGGUAACCUGCCUGUGGAUGGAGCGCUCUUCUUGGAAUUCCUCCCGUUUGCUUCUGGAAAUCUCCUGACCAUGCUGAGUGUGUGGUGGCCGAUUGGUAACCUGAUUGCAAGUGUUGUGGCAUGGGGCUUAGUCCCAAACUACUCCUGUGCACCAGAAGAUAGCUGCGCCCUAGUGGCUCCCGGCGAAGCCUGCUGCAAAAAGGAAGACAACAUGGGCUGGCGAUACCUUGUUCUCACUCUAGGCGCAAUUACCUUUGUCAUGUUUCUCGGCCGUUUCUUCCUUUUUCAUCUGUACGAGUCGCCCAAGUUUUUGCUUUCACGCGGUCGUCAGGAUGAAGCCGUGGCUGCGGUGCAGGGUAUUGCGUACAGGAAUAAGAAGACUACAUGGCUUACGGUGGAUGUUCUUAACGAGAUUGGUGGUCGUCAAGAGGAGGUUGAAAGUCCGAAACUGAGUUAUAUGGAGAUUAUCAAGCGGACAAUUUCCAAGUUCUCGUUUCAGCGGAUUGCGCCUCUUUUCGCUACGAAGAGGCUUGGUCUUUGCACCGUCCUAAUCUGGUUCUGCUGGGUAACAAUCGGCAUGGCCUAUCCCCUCUUCAACGCCUUCCUCCCCCAAUACUUCUCCGCCUCCAGCUCCACCUACAUAACCUACCGCAACUAUGCCAUAACCUCCAUAGUCGGCGUCCCCGGCUCUAUCCUCGCCUGUUACACCGUCGAAAUCAAAUACAUUGGCCGCAAAGGCACAAUGGCCAUCUCCACCAUGCUCACCGGCGUAAUCCUCUUCUGCUUCACCGCCGCCCCGGACUCAAACACCCAACUCGUCUGUUCCUGUCUUGAGGCGUUUUUCCAGAAUAUCUCGUACGGGGUGUUGUAUGCGUAUACACCGGAAGUAUUUCCGGCGCCGGUUCGGGGUACAGGGAAUGGGAUUGCGAGCUGUUUGAAUCGGAUUGCGGGACUUUGUGCGCCGAUUGUGGCGAUUUAUGCGAGUGGUGCGGAUCCGAAGGUGCCAAUUUAUGUCUCUGGGGCGUUGAUGUUGGCUGCAUUUGUGGCAAUGUGCUUUUUUCCGAUUGAGACGAGGGGGAAGCAGACUCUGUGA